UAAAGACGAGCGUCAAAUUAUUCUUCUAGUAUUCUUUUUAAGACAGUGGCAUCAGUAAUUGAUCCAAAUUACUAACUUCAAACUACUUGAGAAAAACUUGUUUAAAGUACGACUGACCCAUUUCUUCAUUUGGGAGCUGCUGUAAUCCUGUUCCGCUUCAAGUUUCUUGCACAGUUCAGCAGCCUAUGAAAAGGAAUAUUGCGAUUUACGCGCAGUCGAUGCCUUCGAGAUCCACCCCUAUCCUCAAAUGCCAGUCUGUCUGACUUUGGAAACCUAUUUGCCAGACUCCGAGCGCGGACCAAGAGAGGAGGAAGAGUCCGAUGGAAAAUCAUGCAGCACUUUGAACCCAUGGAGACAUGGCACAUAGGUUUCUCUCAUCUACGAACAGGUUUAGCGCCAGAUUCGCCUUUAUAUUUACUGUGUUACUGUCCUGCACCUAUUUAUGCUACAGUAUUAUUUUUUGUCGCAGCACAAUCAUGACACACCAGGGUUACGAGGGGAAAAGAUGCCCACCGAGUAAUAACGCUGGAGGGAAGAAACUUCUUGGAGAAUUAAACAAUUGCGCUCCGCUGGAAGUCAGGUCCGCUCUAGAUGAGUCUGCAGCCCAGGGAGGAUCAAGUAAUCUCCGCGACCAAAGUAAAGCCUCUGCUUCGUCUGGUAGCCACUGGAGUGACACGAAGUUGAGUGGCAUGAGUGUUGCGCAAAAAUAUGGGAAUAAGAAGCUGCCUAAUGCGUUAAUAGUCGGUGUAAAGAAAGGAGGCACCCGGGCGGUGCUGGAGUUCAUUCGGAUCCAUCCAGAUGUGCGCGCACUGGGAACGGAACCGCACUUUUUCGACAGAAACUAUGACAGAGGGCUUGACUGGUACAGGGGACUAAUGCCAAGAACACUAGACAGCCAGAUCACAUUAGAGAAGACACCCAGCUACUUUGUCACCAGAGAAGCACCCAGACGCAUCUCUAGUAUGUCCCAUGAGACCAAGCUGAUUGUUGUGGUGCGUAACCCAGUCACAAGAGCCAUCUCUGACUAUACACAGACUCUUACCAAAAAGCCCGACAUCCCUACGUUUGAAGAGCUGGCCUUUAAGAACAUUAGUCUGGGUCUCGUUGACACUUCCUGGAACGCAAUUCGGAUCGGGAUGUACAUUCUGCACCUGGAGAACUGGCUGCAGUACUUUCGCCUGUCGCAAAUGCACUUUGUGAGCGGGGAACGACUAAUCACGGAUCCGGCAGGGGAAAUGGGCCGUGUUCAGGACUUUCUAGGACUGAAACGAAUAAUCACGGACAAGCACUUCUACUUUAACCGAACCAAAGGCUUCCCCUGUCUGAAGAAGCCGGAGAGCAGCAGCCAGCCACGCUGCCUUGGCAAAUCCAAGGGCAGGACUCAUGUACAGAUUGAACAGGAGGUCAUAGAGCAGCUGCAAGAGUUUUAUAGGCCAUUCAAUAUCAAAUUCUUUGAAACUGUAGGGCAAGACUUCAAGUGGGAUUGAUUGUGCCAUACAGAAACGGUGCUGUUUAAAAAAAAAUGGCUACCCUUUGGAGAGAAAUAUAAAUGAGGAUAUCGUUAGCUUAAUGUUUAGAUGACAAGUUUAUUGAGCUAUGUAAUACCAUGACACAAUUAAUAUAGAAAAAUACACAACUCAUUUUAAUGUAAUCACAUAAAUGGUUUCACAAUGUGCUGGGUUUGGUCAUUCUGAUGUGCCAUUUCAUAUUCACAGUAUAUACAAAGACCAAGUUUCUUUAUAACACCCAAAUGAAUUCAACAACAGGCAACCAGCAAUUCAUUGACCAAGCCUUUAACCAACAACCAUAACAAUGCCUUUCUGUCAUUUAGUAACACCAGACCUACAUUAAUGACUUUGUUUAAAUAUUCUAAAUAAAAAACAACCAACUUUACUGUUGAAAUGAGAUGUCGACAUGAAAUUGCAGUGAAAUAGUAAAAUAAAAAUCCGCCUGUCAAAUAUCUUGCAGUGAAAUUCAUCACCUUACUGUGGAAAAAAGCUCAUGGACAACAAUGAUAGAUUAAGUGAAUAUGUGUGCUGUAACUGUACUGAGAAGAAGAAGUAGCAGCUAUAUUGAAACAGAUGAAAUAGCAAUGGUAAAGGUUUACCUUUAAACUUCAGCUCUUUAUGUGUCAGUAUGUUUGUUGUGAUCAUCGAAAUAAAAGACACAAGUCUUAAA